AUGGGUGCUUUUUGGUCGCAGCUGCUACCUCCGCGUCCCGCCUUUACCGAGGCAAACACUCCAGCGCUCGAUGGUAGAGUCUUUAUCGUCACGGGUGGCAACGCGGGCAUUGGAUUAGAGCUUGUCAAGAUGCUCUAUGCUCGGGGUGGCUGCACUGUCUAUAUCGCGAGUCGCUCUUCCACGAGGAUAGCCGCGGCGAUCGCGGACCUGAAAUCAACUGUCGAUACAAACAAAACCCGACCUACAGAGCUGAAGAGCAUCGUUGUCGAUUUUGAAGAUCUCACCACAAUCUCCAAAGCUGUGUCUGAGUUCCUCAAGCAAGAAUCACGAUUGGAUGUCCUGUGGAACAACGCCGGCCGCAUGCAGGCUCCACCGGGGAGCACGACGGCCCAAGGCUACGAGGCUCAUAUGGGUACAAAUUGCCUGGGCCCGCAUCUGUUCACCAAGCUCCUACUUCCUUUGCUGCUCAAGACUGCGAAGAUUGCGCCAUCAAGCUCCGUGCGGGUGAUCAAUACCUCGUCUCAAAUCGUCGAUACGACGGCGCCUCCAGGCGGCUUGGUAAUGGCGCACCAGGAGCCUGGAAAGCACAUUCUUGACAAGAACUUGUCUUACGCCGAAUCUAAGACUGGGAACUGGUUUCUGGCUUCGGAACUUGACAAGCGUACUCGCGGCGACGGCCUCGUUUGCGUGGUUCAAAACCCAGGGAACUUGGCCACCAAAGGGUGGGAUCCGGUUUCUCUACUCGGAAAGCUCAUGAUAGCGCCCUUUUUGUAUGAUGCAAAGAUGGGCGCAUACACAGAGCUCUGGGCCGGAUUGUGCGAGGAGGUGACGACUCAAGAUGGGGGAAAGUAUGGUGUGCCUUGGGGAAGGUGGCAUCCAAGCCCUAGGAAGGACAUCCUUGAAAGUCUGCAGUCUGAAGAAGAGGGCGGGACAGGUCUUGCGGCGGCUUUCUGGCUCUGGUGUGAAGAGCAAACCGCGCCAUACGCUUUAUAA